CGUGUGCCAAUAAAGUUUUGCUUGCGGCAGCUCGCGGCGCUCCCGGCGGCCGCUCCCCCUGCCCCGCGGGGGGGGGUUGUUUUUUUUUUUUGAACAAACUUUAUUGUUCCGCCGCGCGCGCGCAGGAUGCGCUGAGGCCCGCGCUCGCUGCGCAGCCCGGCCUCGGCAUGUCGGGCAGCCGGCAGCAGCCGCCGCACCCGCCGGGCGGGCCGGGCGGCGCCGCCGCGGGCGCCGCCAGCUCCGUCACGGUGGCCUCCUCCUCGUCCUCGGCGGCGGCCGCGGCGCCGGGCUCGUCGUCGGGCGGCACGGCCGGCCCCGCGCGGCCUGUGCUGGUGGCGGCGGCCUCGGGCUCCGGCGCGGCGGCGGCGGCCUCGCGGCUGGCUGGGGCGGCCCGGCCUGGCGGCGGCGCCGGCGGUUCCUCCUCGGGCGGCGGCGGCAGCAGGAAGAGGCCGCUGCUGACUCCGCUCUGCAACGGGCUCCUCAACUCCUAUGAGGACAAGAGCAACGAUUUCGUGUGCCCCAUCUGUUUUGAUAUGAUUGAAGAAGCAUACAUGACGAAAUGUGGACACAGCUUCUGCUAUAAAUGUAUUCAUCAAAGCUUGGAGGACAACAACAGAUGCCCCAAAUGUAACUAUGUUGUUGAUAACAUAGAUCAUCUUUAUCCCAACUUUUUAGUAAAUGAGCUGAUCCUUAAACAGAAGCAAAGGUAUGAAGAAAAGCGGUUUAAAUUGGACCAUUCAGUGAGUAGCACCAAUGGCCACAGAUGGCAGAUAUUUCAAGAUUUAUUGGGAACUGAUCAAGACAACCUUGAUUUAGCCAAUGUUAACCUGAUGUUAGAGCUGCUAGUGCAAAAGAAGAAGCAGCUUGAGGCAGAGUCCCAUGCUGCGCAGCUGCAGAUCCUUAUGGAAUUUCUGAAGGUUGCCAGGAGAAAUAAGAGAGAGCAACUGGAACAGAUCCAGAAGGAGCUAAGUGUUUUGGAAGAGGAUAUUAAACGAGUAGAGGAAAUGAGUGGCUUGUACUCCCCAGUCAGCGAGGAUAGUACUGUGCCUCAGUGUGAAACUCCCUCACCGUCACACAGUAGUAUUAUUGAUUCCACGGAAUACAGCCAGCCUCCAGGGUUCAGUGGCAGUUCUCAGACCAAAAAGCAACCAUGGUAUAAUAGUACAUUGGCUUCGAGGCGGAAGAGGCUCACGGCUCAUUUUGAGGACCUGGAGCAGUGCUAUUUUUCUACCAGGAUGACUCGUGUAACAGAUGACAGUAGAACUACAAGCCAGCUGGAUGAAUUUCAGGAGUGCCUAUCCAAGUUUACUCGCUACAAUUCCGUCCGACCCUUGGCAACACUGUCUUAUGCUAGUGACCUCUAUAAUGGUUCCAGCAUAGUAUCCAGUAUUGAAUUUGACCGGGACUGUGACUAUUUUGCCAUUGCUGGGGUGACGAAGAAGAUUAAAGUCUACGAGUAUGGCACAGUCAUUCAGGAUGCAGUGGACAUUCAUUACCCUGAGAAUGAAAUGACCUGUAAUUCCAAAAUCAGCUGUAUCAGCUGGAGUAGCUACCACAAGAAUCUGUUAGCCAGCAGUGACUAUGAAGGCACCGUCAUCCUUUGGGAUGGAUUCACAGGACAGAGGUCCAAGGUCUAUCAGGAGCAUGAGAAAAGAUGCUGGAGUGUUGACUUUAACUUGAUGGACCCAAAACUACUGGCUUCAGGCUCUGAUGAUGCAAAAGUGAAGCUGUGGUCUACCAACCUGGACAAUUCAGUAGCGAGUAUUGAGGCCAAGGCUAAUGUGUGUUGUGUCAAGUUCAGCCCCUCUUCUAGGUACCACCUGGCUUUUGGCUGUGCAGAUCACUGUGUUCACUACUAUGAUCUUCGCAACACUAAACAGCCAAUCAUGGUGUUUAAAGGGCAUCGCAAGGCUGUCUCUUAUGCAAAGUUUGUGAGUGGGGAAGAAAUUGUCUCUGCGUCAACAGACAGUCAGCUGAAGCUGUGGAACGUUGGGAAACCUCACUGCCUGCGCUCCUUCAAGGGCCACAUCAACGAGAAGAAUUUUGUAGGCCUGGCAUCCAAUGGAGACUAUAUUGCCUGUGGAAGUGAAAAUAAUUCCCUCUACCUGUACUAUAAGGGCCUCUCAAAGACACUGUUGACUUUCAAGUUUGACACAGUCAAAAGCGUCCUGGACAAGGACCGGAAGGAGGAUGACACAAAUGAAUUUGUCAGUGCUGUGUGCUGGAGGGCGCUGCCAGAUGGGGAAUCCAAUGUGCUGAUUGCUGCUAACAGUCAGGGUACAAUUAAGGUACUGGAGCUGGUAUGAAGGGUUUUCUCUCAAGGCAUGAGGUACUGGUCCCACUGACAUGCUACAGCAUUCAUCUGGGAUCAUCACUGGGACAAGAAAUUGAAACCACCUUGAUGUUCUUCCCAAAAACCAUCAUGUUUGGGUUUUUUUUCCCAUUUAUGGACUCUCUAGGACCUUUCGAGAUACUGGGAACACCAGUGAACUGUCUGCCAUCAAUGUUAACUCCACGGACUUUGCUGCUGCUGGUGAUGGUAUGGUUGUCUAAUUUUUAUGAUAGGGGAAACAAAUUCUUUUAAAUAAAAACAGAUAACAAAGGAAUAAUAAAGUGUAUUGAGCCACAUGCUGAAGCUGGAAGAUUCUCUCUUGUUGCAUAUGGGAACAGAUUUACUUGGGACGGGAGCUAAUCAGAUCACAGAACUACGGGCAGUAGAUGGAAGUGCAUACCUAUGUUACUUCUAUCUGGCUUUUCCUUCAUCUCCAAUGGGGGGGAAAAAAAACUCUAAGCCUUAUUUGGACAUUUAAGCAAUUUGCUUUGAGAUUAUAAAAUAUAUGUGGUUUAGUUGUAUGCUGUUGUUGUUUGCUUUUUUUUUUAUGCAUUAAAAGUUUAUAGAAGUUGCUAGGUUGACAGCUCUGGAGACUGAAGUCCUCUGGAUAUCAACAGGAAAGUGGCAGCUCCCCCUGUCUUUCUAUUAUGCCUCUACCCUGACAUUAAGAGGCUAAAGAUAGGGGUAAUUUAUUUUUAUGCCCACUUAAUCCUGGCCUCUCUGCUGCCUGCCAACAAAACAAGGGUGCCGACUGAUGCGGACACCUCUACACUGGGAACUGGACUGAUACCGCCAAACUAUUGCACACAGACCACCAAACUGUUAUUCGAUAAAGACUUGCUGUCACCACUGACUUGGGCUGGAUUUGUAUAUUUCUGCUAGAGGUGAAAGUUUCCACAUCCAAUUACCAAAGCCUACACAAUUCAUUUUCCCAUAUGCUCUAAUUAUGUUUGCCCCCUACUCAUAUCACCUGUGGAAGCCAAGCUUUUUUAAUGUUGUAAGAAGAGGGGAUCUGAUGGAUUGUAAUGUGUUUCACAGAUAUAGUAGCUUUAAGUGAACGUGCAUACACUUUAUUCUCCCUCUCCAUGUGUACAAUAAACCAUGAUGCUGAGUG